GACUGCUCCUCCUCACAUCCUUCCUCCUGCACGUGGCGCGGCUGGUCUGCGACAACAGGCUCAUCCAGAAGUACAUCGGGGAGGCCAAGGACAUGGACAAGAGAGCGGGCCAGUGCCAGGCGCUGCCUCUCCUCGGCCGCCCCGCGGCACUGCCCUUGGUGGACUUCAGCCUCCAGCAGUGGAAAUCCAAAUCGAACGAGACCAAGCGGCGGGAGAUCCUCUGCGACCUGGCACUGCUGGUGGGUGCCGUGGUGGGAGCCCAGGGCCAGGUGACCCAGGAGUGUGGGACCAGGCAGCUGAGCCAGCUUCACCGCCACGCCAACUCCUUCCUCCUGCUCCUGCAGACCUUCAGCUGGGAGGCGGGAUCCUGGGAGCCGGGCUGCUCCCCACGCUCCACGGAGGAGACCCACGUCACCAGUAUCUUCCUCACCUACCGCUGGCUGGUGCAGGGCAAGCUGCGAUUCUUCUUCCACGACCUGGCCAAGGACUUGUGCAAGCAAGGCCAGGGGGGUGGCAGAGACCCCUGGCCUGGGGCCCAAUGA